AGACAAAGGAAAGGCUUUGACGACACCGUGCAUCCGCUGGGAUAUUUACACCGGGCCUUGCAGCGAUAAGUUACCGACGAAACUAAGCGAAGGUUUUCCUGUGCAUCUUGAUCUUUAGGUGCGACACAAAAACUUUACUCAGUGUAUGACACUUCACGGACCAGAGCAAGAACGCUGCUCGACCUUCCUUUGGUCCUCUGAUUGUUGAACGCGCGGACUACUUCCGUGACUUGAUCGUUCCUCCGAAAAAGCUCGCGCACCUCAAGCCACCGCCAUGAUCGGCUUGAUCGGCUCCCUCGCGGGUCUCAUCAAGAUCCACAACUCCAAGACGCUGGUUGACGACGCUGUGUUCCGCCUUCACUAUCGCUGGACUACAUCGCUGUGCUUCCUGGCCUGCGCUCUGGUCGCCGCCUCCGACAUGUUCGGGGAGCCCAUACAGUGCCUCAUGAACGGCGGCGAGGCUCCUAAACCUUACACAACUUUCUGCUGGGUCAGCUCAACCUUCACUAUCAAUACCAGUAAUGCUGACGGUGAAAGUGGACACUACGAGUCGUACGGCAGCAACUACAGCGGCACCGGUAAAUACGACUCAAAGACACACGAGAAAAGAAUACAUACUUACUACCAGUGGGUGCCUUUCGUGCUCUUCGCCCUCGGUGCCUUGUUCUACCUGCCUCACCUCAUCUGGAAGGAAAUUGAGGGCAAGAAAGUCGAGUGUUUGCUACAAGGUUUAAGCGUCAUCUCGAUGGACGACGCGGCACCCGCCAAGAAGAUGAACAUUGUCAAGUAUCUUUUCGCUUCGCAUGGUCGCCUGAACAACAGGUAUGCAUACGGCUACUUCUUUUCGCACGUCCUGAACCUCGUCGUCGUCGUGUCGGCCAUGUUCAUCCUCGAGAGCUUCUUCGGGGGAGUCUUCUUAGACUACGGAUCUAAGACUGUGCGAUAUCUCAACGGCCACGCGGAUGUAGCACACAACCCUCUUAUCUUCGCUUUCCCUCGCGUGGCCAAAUGCCAUUUCAGGAUGUACGGUCCCUCUGGCUCGCUGGAGAACCACGACUUGAUGUGUCUGCUGCCGCAGAACAUCAUCAACGAGAAGAUCUUCCUCUUCAUAUGGUUCUGGCUUCUCAUCCUUACCACUGCCACGGCCAUGCAGAUCGUGUACAUCGCAGCCAUAUUCCUCAGUCCAUUUUUGCGUCUGAAACUUCUGGAAACAUACGGCCGGGUGAUGAGCGAUGCUCAGCUUGAGGACUUGGUUCACAGGACCUACCUCGGGGACUGGUUCCUUCUCAGGACUCUGGGCAAGAAUGUUGAUGCUUUGACAUUCAAGGACAUUAUGCAAGAGUUGGUCAAGAUGAUCGCGGCACACUCGUCUUCAGGAUCAAGAGGCGAGCCUGUGACCAUGUUCAGUCCACAUGCUCCCAGCUACAGGCACUUCAAUAUCGACGAGGAAGAUCCUCUCGAGCACAAACGCAGGAUGGAGGAAGAAGACACGAGAGUCUGAGUCAAAUGUAACUUUUUUUGGAGCCUCGUUAAUUUCUGGGCCAACGUUCUUGACUUAUCUUGCCUCUGAGGGAAAUUUUUGAGCACAAUUCCAUCUCUUAUGAAUCUCCAGGAAAGUUUAAAAUUUUUGUUUCGGUACACUCGGAAAAAUGGAUGGUUCAUAUUGUCGAAAUAGCGAUGCACUUUCUGCACGUGGCCCCGACAGGCUUUUUGCCGAGCAAAACUAUGUCAGAAUGAUCCACAUAAUUGCAAAAAGAGCAUCGCUAUCAGGACUAAACUCACUCAUUUCUUUGAGUGUAUGUAUAUGUUUUACGGUCAAAGGGAGGAAUGAUAGACUAUGCAUUCCUCAAUUCUAGAAUAUUUAUCAAAAGAAUUCAAGAGUAUUAUAUGAUAAGUUAUAUUCUAGAAUAUUAUAUUAGAUUUGUUUUAUACUUCUAGGUAGUAUAACUCUAGUGGAAAAUGAAUCGAUGAAUAAAGGGUUAGUUAUUUCUUCAGUUUCUAAUAUAAAUCGUUUUCUAAAACUCGUUAGCAUUCAAGGAAUCCAGUGAGCGUAACUCUUAUUGUGAAUUUAGUUAAGCGAGAUACUUUGCGUCAUUCAGAAAAUGUACGAAUAUUGUUAUAAAAUGUAUUACUAUUUUGAGGAUGAAAAUUGAAAAUGGACCUGUUAUUUCUGUGGGCACAAUAAAAAUACAUUAAAUGAA